AUAAAAGUUCAUGCCGUGCUUUAGAGCAAAAUGGAAAGAGAAAACUUGAUAAUUUGUGUGAAUCUCUUUUUUUUCGUGAUGUUCUGGUUCUUGUUUGUAAAGUUGUUGUGUUAAGCUCAGUAACUGUUAACGUUGCUACGUGGUGCAAGGAACGCAAGUUCCAUUUCAAGGUUCACCUCACGAGAAAGUCAAUGGUCUCUGGGUCCCAGUUUUGAAGAACUCACGAAGCCGAUGGCUAGUUCUUCAUCUAAUGACGUGAACUAAUUUCGUGCCGUUUUAUCUCAGUUUUUAAUCAUCAUACAAAUUCAGGGUUUGCCACGAAACGAACUUCUUCUUUCCUCUCGCCAUUCAUGUCAUAUUGUGCCUUUGUGGAUCAUGUUUUGGGCAGAAUGAAUAAUCCAUCUGUGAUCUGAGUGUUGAUGUGCCACUUUUCAAACAUGACACAGUCUAGCUCUUAAUUGCUAAUGUUUUGAUCUUGUCCAGAUGUUUGGAGCACCAACUGACCAGUACCAUUGGAAUGGCAAGCAGCCUGUGUCGGCCUCUGGAGGAGUACCUCUCAAUCCUGCUGCUUCUGGGACUCCUCAUUCCAAUGAUUACCAAGAACCUGCAAUGAACCAGAAUAAGAAGAUGCAAGGUGCUUUUUUUAGCGAUUUUUAUGGUACUAAACAGAACCCUUUAUCCCAGACUCAUGAUUUGGGGCUUGCACCAAACAAUCCUGGACCUCCCCCUCGUAAUACAUAUCAGCAAGAUUUCUCACCAAUUCAAAGAGGAGUACAUCAAACAUCUAAUCCUGAUUUCUUUGGCUCAAAAGGGAGCCAACAAUCUGUGCCAGAUUAUGGAUAUGCAAUGAAUAGCCCAAAUGUAUUGUCGCAGCAAAAUUUGUAUCAUUCAUCCACCACAAAUCCCUCAGCCUCGUCAAGAGGAAAUGCAGUGCAAUAUCAGGACCAGUGUCAAGACCAGUUUCCAGAUCAAAAUCAAGACCUUCAAGAUUGGAAUGAAUGGAACGAUGAGCCAUUUGUCCCUGUAACUUUUGAUCAGCCACCACCAACAUUCACUCCAACGGUCGCCCCACCUCAUCCAACAGUGUCCGAGCCAUCCUCUCUUCCAUUUCAGUCAGAAUCGAUGACUCCAACAAGAGGGGCCAACACAGAUGUAAUUAGUGGAUAUCAAAGGUUUACAAACCAAGGCGGAGGAAUUCAGCCUUUCAGUAGUAAUAUUAAUCAGGACUGGAAAUGGCAAUCGCCCUCCUCAGUGCCAUCACCAGUUAAUCAAAGCAACAAUAACCAAUUACCAUCCUACCAGACGCAGUCAAAUCAACGGCAACAGCUGCCUCAGCAGCAGCAGCAGCAACAACAACAACAAAACCACCAACUUUUCCAUCAAAAUCCAUCCCAGCACCAUCAACAACAACACAAUCAGUUCCAGCAGCAGAAUCAGCUCCAGCAACAGAAUCAGCUCCAGCAACAGAACCAACUUCAGCAACAAAGUCAGUUGCAACAACAAGAAAAUGCUGCUGUUGAAAACAUCAACAGCAUUCUAACCGACUUGAAUAUCAAUAAUGAUCAACCAUUAGAAGCAUCACCCUACUGGAGUGAUGUUGAUACAAAUCUGGUUGUAGAAACUAAUGAUUCUAGCAGUGAAUGGCAGCCGCAAGAGCCAACACCUUCCAGUCUAGAAAGACAUGUGACGGGUCAGACGAUGGUCCCUGCCGAGGAUGAUGAUGGUUCUAAUGAAAGAGGUGAUGGAGCAGAAGAUGAAGGCCCUCAACCCAAUGAUCAACGUAUGGUUCCCGGGCAGCUUAGUGAUGAAGAAAUCUCCAAUUCCAAUUCGGAUGAGCGAAUGGUCACCGGACAGACUAGUGAAGCCAGUGAAAGAGUAUAUUCACGCAGCGAUCUGCAAAAUAGCGACAGACUCCGUGCCAGGUGGAACGAAACUAGUUCUCAAGAGCGCUUAGUCGCAGGUGAGAGUGCUGCUGGCAGUGAUAGUUUGGCCCGUAAUCAGUCUAUUAGCACUAUGAAUUCAAUGAAUUUACAGUCGAAUAAUUGUAGGUUAAUCCCUGGUCAGGGGAACAGCUGUGAUAUUCCAUCAAAUAUUGAUUUAGACUUCGCAUCAGAUACAAGAAUGAUUCCUGGGCACAGAGAUGACACAGACCCGAGCACUUCUGGCCCUAGUAGUGUAGCUGUCUCACGGUCAGGCUCUGAACAAAGGAUGGUUCCUGGGCAAGUCACUGCUGAUGAUGGUGAUAAUCGAAUGAGAUUGUCGAAUUCGUUGAAUGAUGUCUCACUUUCUAAUCCAAAUGUAGAGACACCAAGGCCAGCUCUGGAUUCAGAAUCAGGUUUUGAGCGGACUACUCCUGCUGGAAGAAACACGGGUGAGGAGAACAGUAAUCCCUUACCUGGUUUUCGGAGAAUGGUUGUUGGGCAGAUGCAUCAGGACAGUCCUUCAUCAAUGUCUCAAGCAGAUCAUCCUCAACCCAACAAUGGUGCUAAUCUUGACUCCUUGGAAACCAAUGAACUUCCACCCCCUGGUUUAGACAGAAUGGUUGUUGGUGAGAUCCGUGGUGAAAGCUCGCCAGGAUCUGCAGCCAAAGAAACGGACAAAACUACGGACGAAAGGAGUGACUGGGAUCGCAGAAGGAACGAUAGGGAACCAAGAAACGCCGAUGAUUCAGAGUCUGAAUAUCGGAAAAGAGAAAAAUCGGACAAGAAGUGGAGUAAUGAAAAAAGUAGACACCGAAGAAGAAGGGAAACUGAUGAUUAUUCAGAUUACUCAAGUCCCGAAAGGAACUAUGGUCGGUCGCGGGAUGAUCUCUAUAGGUCAUCGCGCAGAGAUGACCGUUACCAUAAAAAGCGGGAGGACAGAGACCACAAAGAAACACCUUAUGAACCAUCUCAAGAUGAAAGUGGGAGCGAUCAUGAAGGUGAUAGGAAGUAUCCAGAUGGCAGAAGGCGUAGGAGACAUCGACGCCAUAGCCCCGACCCCUAUUACGACUAUUACCAUGAUGAUCCAAGACAUUAUUCAGGCCACAGUAGGCACUCAAGGCAUUACGAAUAUGAUGAUCGCUACUAUAAAAAUCGGUCUCGACCAUCUAGUCGAACUGAAUCAGAUUAUCGGCGCAUGUAUCCAAUGUAUGACCCAAGGGCAUCCAAAUCUUUCUACGGACCAGAAUUCCCUGCUCCCCCCUCUAUACCAAUGGAUCGGCAAUAUUUACUCCGACUGAGAGAAACUGAUCCUCAAAAAUAUGCUCAAUGGUACGCUCAGUACCAAAUGUACAUGGCGUCUCAGUAUGCAUCCAGUGCCGCUGAGCAGUCUCACCCGACAGACAGAUCAAGUGUUCAUUCUGGUAGGAGUUCAGCUAAUAAUGGACAACUUAAAUCUAGUAUGAGGGUUCUUGAGACUAGCGCCUUGGACGAUGAUGGAAUGUCUAAAGUUGAGGAUAUUGCAUCGCCUCGCAACACUCCAGCCAAAUUUUCAACUGCACAUAUCAAAGGGAUAAUAAAUAGUCGUGGAAAUCUGUUACUUGUUAACCCUUCUUAUCCGCUAGAUGAUCAACCGGCCACUAUUGAUGAGUACAGCUUUCAGCCAAAUUUCUCCAAUGACCCAGAUUUAGCUACUUUCCUUCAAUGUCCUGGCCCAUUUAUUGUCGGGCAGACUCACAAAAACACUGUUUUGCAGUAUCUGCGAUCUCACGCUGAGAAAUCUACAUCUAGUGCUGAGUUCCUGCUAUACUCUCUCAUUCAACUCGUCAUUAAAUUAAAUGGGGUUAUUUUAGGAACGGAUAUAGCUGAACUCCUAGUAGAAAAUUAUGAAUCGUCUGUUGGAUCUGCAGAAUUUGACCGAUUAGAUAAGUCUCGAGAAAUGCAAGAGACUAAUAAAUUAUCUCAUGCGGAAGUAACGAAGAAAUUCCGUCAGCUUCUCCUCCAAGGAAAUAAAACUGAAGCAUUAGAUUGGGCAAUGGCCAAUAAUGAAUGGGGACAUGCCUUAUUAUUAGCAAGCAAAAUGGAUGCGAGGACUUACAAUAAUGCUUUAGCCAACUUUGCCAAUGGUCUGCCUGCCAGUGAUCCUUUGCAGACGCUGUAUCAAUUGAUGUCAGGGAGAGAGCCCCAGGCUGUCACUUGCUGCGCAGACAAAAGAUGGGGAGAUUGGAGGCCACACCUUGCCAUGAUUUUAAGUAAUCCAUCUAGCAGGCCUGAAGUAGAUCGCAAAGCAAUCGUAACUCUAGGCGAUUCACUUUCUGCUCGGGGAAGACUAUUUGCUGCUCAUUUUUGUUAUUUAACCGCUCAGUUAGACUUUUCACCGUAUUCUAAACCAGGCGCAAAGUGUGUUUUGCUUGGUUCCUCUCACGUUCUACCGUUCUCACAAUUUGCCUCCAACAGUGCCAUCAUGCUUAGUUUGUGCUAUGAGUACGCAAAGAAACUCCACAACAAAAACUUUGUCAUUCCAUCAUUACAGCCUUAUAAAUACUUGCUAGCAAUAAGACUUAUCGAUUGGGGACGACCAAAUGUUGCCCUGCAAUACCUGGAACAAGUUGCCAUUGAAAUUAUAAAGGAUCCCAAUACGUACGGACAUCAGCUGGCCACGCAUACUCUAGAGCUCUCAGAAAAAAUUAAAUACAGUGACAUUUCCUUGUCCUUGGGCGGUGAUGUCUGUGAUGAUCCGGACUGGUUAGUUGACCUACGAAGGCUGGUGGAUGAUGCAAUGGAUGGAAAUUUUAGGCUAUCUGAAAGGGGAUCAACAUCUAACUUAACUAUUUCAGAUCCUCCUGAUCAAGAAACCGUUUCACACUCUCAAAUUUCAUCACAGCAACAAAAUCUGGCAUCCUCAGCCAAUAUCCAGGAGCCUUAUUAUCUUGACCCCACUCAACAACCUAUUAAACAAGAUGAAACUCAGUCAAGUUUUUGGCAGCCUCCAUCUUCUAAGCAGUUCUAUGAAACUCAAAAUGGUGGUUAUGAAAUGGUGGGACAGGGAGGAGAUAGUGUAGAACAUCCUCAUGAUGGGGCGCAAGAAUUCUCUCAGAAUCCAUGGAACUCUUCUGGUUUGAAUGCUGGCCAGACAAACUACAGUCAAUGGGCAGGCAACCCACCCAAUCAGUGGGGUACUGUGCCGGAAGCAGAAAAUCACCAAAAAGUCUCGAGUCAGCCUGCGGAGCAGUCGUGGGGCACCCAAUCAUUAAACACAGAGUAUAAAAAUAGUCUGCCUGUCAUGAAUAGUCAACCACCCUCAUUCGAUUACUACCCUCAACCGAAAGAUAAUAACCAGGAAGCUGAAGAUGUUAAAAUCAAGCCUAUGUCAAAAUCAUUGCCGCCCAUACCAAAUUACGGAAACCAAACAGAGGGGCAGAACAAUACCAAAGCAUCCGAUUCUGCAACGCAAUCAAAGAAAGCUGAGAAAAAAAGCAAGGAUACAAGUAGUAACAAAAGCGGAAGCUGGUUCGGUGGUUUCAUAUGGGAUAAGCUUGCUCUUCGACCCAAAAAUCAGAUGAAACUUCCUGAAGACACUAAUCCUCAAAUUGUAUGGGAUGACCAAAAGAAACGGUGGGUGAACAAGAGUUCAGAUGGAGAUGAAGCAGAGGCAGAGCUAAAACCACCCCCGAAAGCUGCAGAUUUGGGUUUCAAUCCGUCUGCAACAAGUUCACCCUCAUCCACAGCUUCCCUGGACAACAGCUCUAUCAGCAACACUCAAUUGUCAACCUUGCCUCCUCCAUCAGGAAACAAAUAUAAACUUCAACGAGGCAGAGGCAUGCGUUCAAAUUACGUAGAUAUAAUGAACCCUGGUGGCAGUAAACCUUCUGCUCAGCCUGCUCAGCCAAUGUUUCCUCCUCCAACAGCUCAGGCUCCUGCAGUCAACAAUUUUUUCAUUCCAGCUCCAAUUGAGAGUAGCGAAAACUUGCCCACUGAUUUUGUAAGUCCAUCUGGUUAUGUCGGUCAACCUGUUCCACCCUCUGAUCAACCAGCAGAGCUUUCAGAUGAUGGCUCGACCUCAUGAUUUUUUCUUUCCCGCUGUAGCUCAGCGAGCUCUCUCUCUCGUGAAGUAAGCUUUUACAUGUCCAGGCCGCAUCGUCAAUAAAUGCGAAUUCCUAAUUAGUAUUGUCAUCGUGAUUAUCGUUUUAUAGUUUACAAACGUCCGGUACCUGACUAGCACUCUGAAGGUUCCUGUGAGUUUGGGAUUCCAGAAUCGGUCAUGGCCUUAGUUCUAUUGAUUCUCCUAAGUAAUUUACAAUUCCCUUCCUACUUUUUUUAUCCUUGAAAGUAUUCACUUGCUCAUGAAAUCUUGUUUGGUGCUGAAUUUCACCCGAUCAUUCAAAUUUAGCGAUUCGUGAAAUUUAAGGUUCGGAUUAGUAUUAGGGGAAAUAAGGGAAGGUUGUAGGAUUUUAUUUCUAAUUGGAUUGUGUCCAAACAGAAUAACUUUGUUAUCAAUUUGUUUACUUGUAAUUUAUUAGAUAUCAAAUUAUCAUUUAAACUUACCUCGUUUUCUUUUCAGUUAGUUCGUUUAAAGUUUUAUUUAUCUUUAUCAUGUACCUAUUUUGUACAACUUUCAGAUUAUUUGGAUUCUGUUGGUUAGUACUGUAGGUGCCUCUUCCUUUUUAAGCGACUGUAAAUAACUUGAAAUGCGAAAUUAGGAGAUUCGUGUUUUGUAAAGUAUUUUUAAAUUUUGUACAGGUAAAUCAAAAUCCCGCUGGAAAAUCUAGUGUGAUUUUUUUUUAUGGAGAAUUGUUUGUAUGCAUCAGAGAUGUGAGUCAGCAGGAUUUUCCUCCUCAAAGUUUAACCCAUUUAGGUAUUUUAAAAUUUUCCUCUUUGCAAUAUUGCCUCUUUCUUCUCAGAACUCCAAAAUUACUUGUUAGGAUUUUGGCUUACUGUAAGAAGAAAUCUAGCUUAUUUUCAAAUUUUGUAUUUCUCUGAUACCCAUUUUGUCGACUCUCUUCCUUGUCUAAUGAAAGGUCACUAUUUAAAGGAUUUGUAAAUUGGCAAUCAUGAAUAUUCUUUUUAAUGUAUGAUAUCUUCAAAAUGUUCUUUUCCUUACUAAUCCAUUUUAAAUGAUCCCUCAGUUAAAAGUCAACAGUUUGACAUUAUCAACUGGCCUGAUAAAAAUAACUUCUGUGUUUAAAUUGCUAUGAAGUUCCAAAGUAGAAAUUUCCACACAUUUUGUCAUCUCCUCCACGAAACGACAUAAUUAUUUUCCAGUUUUACAACAUUUUCACUCGCAAUUUUCUUUUUUAUCAGAAAAUUGUUGAGCAUUCUACACAAAAAUUUUACAGAUUUUUUUCUCUCUCUCUUCCUGUACAAAAAUAAAAAAAAAAAUUGGGCAAAAAUUGCGCAGGCAUAUUCGUGUAAGAAAUUGAAUUUUUGGUUUCCAUUUGCAAUCCUGUAACAAAGUUACAUUUUUUUUCCUAGAAAAUGACGGUUUGCAACAAACAGCAGGGUACGGCAACUUCAAGCAGGGUUUUUACCCUGCUUGAAGUAAAGAACUCAUAUUCCCCCUCAUAUGUAGUUAAAUCAUAAUUAUACACCGGUUCUUUUUCUGAAACUUUUUUGGUUGUUAUUUAGUCUAUCGAAAUAAACAUGUUGGGCUCAGUAUGGAAUGAGUGUUAAGUAUUUCAGCUCGAAGAAAAAUCCGUCUGCAAAAAAAAAAAAAAAAAAUGACAUUUUUUACAUCAAUUUUUAUUCUCUUCUGUUAAUUGUUAUAUUAGGUUGUUUUUUUCUUCUUCACUUGUACAUAGCACAGAGAAGCUAGAAUCAUUGAAAAGAAGAAAAAUGUUGUUAGAGGGGGAGGUAUUAGGAAUAUCUGAAACAUGAAUUUCAGUAUUUUUACUUGAUUUUUUAAAAGCUUGAAAAGAAAUUCUGUAAUGUGUAUUAAUUAAUAUUUUUUUCAUAUGAAAUGUAUUGAUAUUGAAUAAAUUGUUCCAAGACUUAAAUCGACAUAUGAAUGAAAAGGCUCGUCAAAACUUAGUUGUAAUGCUCAGUUCUGGUUUAUAUUUCUUACAUUAUACUAAUAUAUCUUGCAAAAUGUUACUGUUAUUAUA